AUGAAGACUUUCCUCUUCAUACUUGUUGCGUUUCGUAUAUGCAUAUCCGAAGCACAACUUAAAGUCGGAUUCUACUCCCAAACGUGUCCUAACGCCGAACCCAUUGUUAGGUCCGUUAUCAAGAAUGCCGCGAUCGAAAACCCAAGAAUACCCCCGGCUCUAAUUAGGCUCCAUUUUCAUGAUUGCUUUGUUGAGGGUUGUGAUGGUUCAAUAUUGAUUGAGAAUGGAGAAAACACAGCUGAUGAACAUCAAGGGCUCAUAGGUUUUGAGGUGAUAAGUGAAGCUAAAGAAAAGCUAGAAGAUGAGUGCCCAAUAGUUGUGUCUUGUGCUGAUAUAGUGGCUAUGGCAGCUAGAGAUUCUCUAGCUCUAGCUGGUGGGCCCACAUACGAGGUCGAAACUGGGAGAAGAGAUGGCCCAGUUUCCAACCCAUUACUUGCAAAAGAGAUGCCCAAUAUUGAUGACCCAAUUGACAUUCUAAACUCCAAAUUCAGAAACAAAGGCCCAUCACACAAAGAACUUGUCCUUCUUAGUGUCGAGCUCCAAGUCCAACUCAACUCAUCAAUGGCGGGCAUAAACUCCGCCAGCAAAAGCUCCAGAUUCUCCUCUUCGCAGUCCCCCCACCACUCCACCUGCACCCGCACACACCAGAUCGCCGCCCUUGUACUGGUUGCUGUCACUUUCUUCCUCACCAGGCUCUCCGACCGCUCCCUCGGCCCCUGUCCAUCAUCCCACCGCGAUUCGUUUUCCGAAUCGGACCGGAGCAGCCAUCCGGACGACGUCGUUCGCUUCGGGUUGUAUGGGAUCCACCUGAAUUUGAAGAUCUACGUGUACGAUGAGGACGAGAUCGAGGGUCUGAAGCUGCUGAUGUACGGACGCGAGGGUAAGAUAUCCGCCGACGCUUGCGUAAAAGGCCAGUGGGGCACUCAGGUGACUCGGUCGCCAACUGGGAUUGUUAUCGACUAUCCACUGAACAAGGAGUAUGUGAGCUUUAUAAGUUUAAAGGUUAAAAUACAUAGGUUACUUUUACAAUCAACAUAUCGGACCAGAAAGAAAGAGGAAGCUGAUCUGUUCUUCGUACCAUCUUAUGUUAAAUGUGUUCGUAUGAAGGGUGGAUUGAAUGAUAAAGAAAUCAACCAAACCUAUGUAAAGGUUUUAAGUCAAAUGCCAUAUUUCAGGUUAUCGGGUGGUCGCAACCAUAUUUUUGUUUUCCCAAGUGGUGCUGGAGCUCAUUUGUUCAAGUCUUGGUCGACGUAUAUAAAUCGUUCUAUAAUUUUGACCCCAGAGGGAGACCGCACGGAUAAACGAGACACCAGUGCCUUCAAUACAUGGAAAGAUAUAAUCAUACCUGGUAAUGUUGACGAUGGAAUGACAUCAUCACACAAGUCUCGGCUAGUUGACCCUCUACCUUUAUCAAGGAGGAAAUAUUUGGCUAAUUAUUUAGGCCGGGCACAAGGAAAAGCCGGUCGUUUGAAACUGAUGGAUCUUGCAAAGCAAUAUCCUGAUAAGUUGGAAUCUCCAGAGUUGAAAUUCAGUGGGCCCGAUAAACUGGGGAGGACAGAGUAUUUUCAGCAUCUCCGCAAUGCAAAGUUCUGCUUGGCGCCACGUGGCGAGUCAUCGUGGACUCUUCGAUUUUACGAGUCAUUUUUUGUGGAGUGUGUUCCGGUAAUUUUAUCAGAUCAAGUGGAAUUACCUUUCCAAAAUGUGGUCGAUUACAGCCAAAUCUCGAUUAAGUGGCCGUCAAAUCGAAUAGGAACCGAGCUUUUGGAUUACUUAGGAUCAAUUCCAGAUAAAGCCAUAGAGGAGAUGAUUGCUAGGGGCAGGCGAGUGAGGUGCUUAUGGGUUUAUGCUCCCGAAUCUGAAUCUUGCUCGGCUUUCGAAGGAAUUUUAUGGGAGCUUCAAAAGAAGGUGAGGCUAUUCCAUCAAUCGGCCGAGACAUUUUGGCUGCACAACGGGUCGAUUGUGAACCGAGAUUUAGUAGAGUUCGGAAAAUGGAAACCACCAAUGGCUUUGCCUUAGACUUUUGGAGAUUUUGGUUUAGGAUCCACUGACAUGCGUCUGGAAGUGAAAAGAAGUUCGCGCUUAUCAUUUAUCAGUACUAAUAUAUUUUGAACUCUUUGUGUUACUAUUCACCGCCCCCCUUUUACUACUCACUGCCCCCCUUGGACAAUUUUGCCCU